AGUAAUCAGACACCACUUCAUUUAGCUGCAGAAAAUGGAUGUGAUUCUACAGUAGAAAUACUCCUGAAAGCAGAUGUGAAAAAAAAUCCACGUGAUUACUGGAAUCGGACACCACUUCAUUAUGCUGCAAAAAAUGGAUGUGAUUCUACAGUAGAAAUACUCCUGAAAACAGGUGUGGAAAAAGAUCCACGUGAUUACUGGAAAAAAACACCACUUCAUUUGGCUGCUGAAAAUGGAUGUGAUUCUACAGUAGAAAUACUCCUGAAAUCAGGUGUGGAAAAAGAUCCAGGUGAUGACUUUUAUCGGACACCACUUCAUUUGGCUGCAAAAAAUGGAUGUGAUUCUACAGUAGAAAUACUCCUGAAAUCAGGUGUGGAAAAAGAUCCAGGUGAUGACUGGAAUCGGACACCACUUCAUUAUGCUGCAAAAAAUGGAUGUGAUUCUACAGUAGAAAUACUCCUGAAAACAGGUGUGGAAAAAGAUCCACGUGAUUACUUGAAUCGGACACCGCUUCAUUUUGCUGCAAAAAAUGGACGUGAUUCUAUAGUAGAAUUACUCCUGAAAGCAGGUGUGGAAAAAGAUCCACGUGAUGAA